GUGAGGCUCCGCGCGGCCCAGCUAUCGGAAGCGACGAAUCUUAUUAAUAAAACCGGUACCGAGCGUAUGCGAAGGGUAAUUGGUGUAGUCGCGGUUCAACUGAUAAACAAAGUCAUGAAGCGACAUGCCACACUGACUACAGACCCAACACUGUGGAACUUCAUCCCCUGCACUCGAUCUGAGCUGUGGCUUGACGUCGUGCUUUCUUGUGGUCAGUCAUUCCGAUGGCAGGAAACAAGACCUGGGCACUGGACAGGCGUCUUAGCCGAUCGUGUGUGGACCCUGACGCAGAUGGAGGAUAAGAUCUGGUAUCGGACGUAUUCCAAGGAGGCAGAAUCAAUGAGAAACAAGAAGAGGAGAGGACUUUCCACAGAUAGUAUCAAUGUUGAAGUGAAAAAAGAAAGUGGAACAGAGGCUCAAAUUAAAGUUGAAGAUGGGAACUUCCAAGCGACAGAGAUGAAGUUUCCUCAGGUGAAACUAGAAGCCGUGCAGCAUGCGCAUGAUGCCACACCCGGACGAUUGAAGUUGGAAUGCAGUGUUGUGGAUGGAGAGGAAUGCCGGAUUUUGACCGACUACUUUCAGCUGCAUGUCUGCCUCUCGGAGCUCUACUCACAUUGGAGUCAAGCAGACAAACACUUCGAGCAAGUAGCACAAGAUUUCCCAGGUGUUCGCCUCCUGCGACAAGAUCCCACUGAGUGUCUCUUUUCUUUCAUCUGCACCUCCAACAACCAUAUCUCGCGUAUCAGUGCAAUGAUCGAGCGUCUGUGCCAGACCUUUGGAGAGAGGCUGUGUAAACUGGACUCGUAUACCUACUACUCAUUCCCAACACUGCAGGCCCUGGCAGGAGAUGAUGUUGAAAAAAGGUUACGGGCUCUGGGAUUUGGAUACAGAGCAAAGUUCAUCAAUCAAACUGCGAAGAUGAUACUAGAGACACAUGAUUCAAAUUGGUUGAAUUCACUUCGUGAGGCACCUUAUGAGGAAGCAAAGCGUCUGUUGCGAACUUUACCAGGUGUGGGGGCCAAGGUGGCUGACUGUGUUUGCUUGAUGUCUCUGGAUAAGCCGGAAGUUAUUCCCGUGGACACACAUGUCUGGCAGAUCACUAAGCGUAAUUAUCUCUCCUACUUGGGGGCAGGUCAGAAGACCCUUACUGACAAGGUGUAUCGAGAAAUCGGCGAUUAUUUUCGUAGCCUAUGGGGUCCUUUUGCUGGCUGGGCACAAGCUGUUUUGUUUUCUUCAGAUUUGAAGAAAUUUCAGGGGUACAAGUCUAAGCAGGAUUUACAGUAAAACUGAGAAAGCAGGAGCUACCAGCAGGAGUUACUAUUGGUCCCAUUUAAAGUAGAGGACGAUGGGAUUACGGUUUUUCAUUCCUCCAAUGAUAUUGUAGUUGUGACCACCAUCUUGCCUCACUGUUUAAGCUUUCCCUCCAGCAAGCCUGGGGCCCAGUUUCGCCUUCCCCGUGGAGGAACACAGACUUGUCUCUUUUCCAGUUUGCUCAUCUUUUACUUUGCAAAUGUUUGACAGAAUUAUCAAGGCCAGAUAUUUUGAGCUCCUAUUUUCUGUCAUGAUUUUUAUUCUUAAGAAUGCUACAGUGGAGCAGUACUGCAAUCAUACAGCAAACAUAAGAGUUUCCAAACACUAUUCAAACUGGGGUUACUUGGUUUUGUGUUCACCUUAACAGGAGGCAGCCUGGGUGUUACUAUCAAAUGAGAGAAUUCUGUAAAGUAACUUUCAAGCAAAAUCCAUUUCAGUUAUAGAUGAAAAUCUCAUUAAGUUACUGUUUAAACCACUAGGCAUCUAGUGCUACAAAGCCCCUCAAACUCCCCCAAAUGCCCCCACCCCACCAGUUUAAAAGUACAUGCUUCUCUAUUUCUGAAUUUUUAGCCUUUGGGUGUGGUCUGUUAACAUAACAAUGUAAGAGAUAGGAGUGAGACAUUAAGCCGCCUUUGCUAUUCAGUAAACGCUCAUCUAGGCCUCAACUCCACUCCCCACCCAUUCCCCAUAACCUUUAACUUGCCUUUAUGUUCGUGAAAGGGACUGUUGGGUAAAUUGGAGAUCAUGUUGCUAUUUGAGGAAGCGAAAACUAGGUUUGGUAAAUAUCAAUUAGAUUGUAAUAAACUCCAGUGGGUAAUUCAGGAAGUGGAACACAGAGCAGAAGGAUCUGCUGAUGGGAGGGGAUGUGUGGACCAUAAAUGACAAUACAGACCAGUUGAGCCAAGAGACUUGUCUCCACGCAAUACUUUCUGUGUUACCGAAACACCGUCAAGCUGCCUUGGAAGGGAAGCUUUGAGGAAAGUGUACAUCUGUAUAUGAAUUUGAUACAUGUAUAAACGGCUAAUUGUUCUAUUAAUGUAU